AAAUUACUCUCUGGUGCCAUUUUAUCGAAUGUCGUAUAAAUAUCACCCGAUGCCUCAGAUAAGCACAUCAUUCACGUUCAAUCCUCCAAACGAUAGACAAUGAAGACUUUCAUGAUUUUGGUACUGUGUGCGGCAAUCGCUCUGGUUGCUGCCGAGGAUAAGAAGGGUCCAGCCACCCACCACGACGUUAAGCAGCACGAAAGCCACGCUCCGCAGCAGCCGAAGCAGCAUGACCAGCACCAACAGCAACAACAGCACCCAGCAUCUCAGCAGCACUCGCUGAAGCAAACCCAGCAGCACCAACAGCCACAGCCGGCACCCCACAAGUAUAAGCGUGAAGCACCAAAGGACUCGGCUGUAGGACAUUCGACCACCGCUGCACCGAAGGCAACCGUCGAUCCGAAACAGCCGUCCGUGCUGCCGGCCAUCAUCGGACAGGCCCCGAAAAACAAGCGUGACACUGUACCUGCCCAGCCAGCCGCCGCAGCCCGCCCGUCCACCAAUGCUCCACCAAAGGCCGCUGCUGCGGGUGCUACCACCAACGGCCAGCAGCGUAAAACUCAGUCCGCGCCGCGUCCUACUGUAACCAAGCAGCAGCAGAGCCGUGAUCAGGCAUCGAACAAACCCCAAACGACUGGAAAUGCAAAGGUACCGGCAACCGUUAACCAGCCCGCCUCAAACCCGACGACUGCUAACCCCGCGAAGAAGGUUUAAAUCACACAAAAGCGGAACUGAACGAAUCGAAUCGAUGACCGAUACUUUGUGAAGAAGUGUUUUUUUUUUUUAAUUUACACAUUGUGUUUUUCUAUAAAAAAUCAAAUAAACACACGUUUAACUUGCAAUCGAAUGUAA